AUGCCUCUGGAUAUUGACCCCAACUAUGUUCUGCAGGCCGCGCGACUGAUGGCCAUUGUUGCAGCGGCGCCUCACCAGGACGACCCUCGCUAUCCGGACUGGGAGACGAGGAUUUACCUCGAAGUGAGUCGGCUUGAAAAGAGUUUCCCGCAGCCCUUGAAGUCGUUGAGGAUGCCUGGGAUUGUCAUCAGCGCGUUGCUGGAAUUCACCCAGGCAUACCAGCAGAAGGCCCUGGCGCGGCUGGACCACAUAUCGAACGACAACGAGAGGAUAUACAAGAGGUACCCUCUGGCUGUGUGCGAGUAUGGGGAGUGUGAGGACCUGGGAAGGCAGUGGUGGACUGAAGAUCCAUAUUGCAAGCUGCCACCGGUGAAGAGUACGCCAGCGGAGGGCUGGGGCAAUGUGCCAGCCGAUGACGACACCCAGGGACGUGGUGAGGAGGACCUGGCUACCGGGGACCUCAUCACCAAGGGGAAAGGCAAGGAGAGAGCUGACAAUGACGUCGGGACAGGCAUGGUGGGUGAGCAUAUCGUCCACGUGGAGGUGGGGGAGGACAAGGGAAAGGGCAAGAGCAAGGAGAAGGCGCAGGGGAAGGUGGCGCAUGCGAUGAGCGAGGAAGAGGAUGGGGGAGAGGGAGAGGGAGAGGGAGAGGAGCAGGAGGGCGAGGAUGACGAUGAUGCCGACAGUGACAAGGACGACGAUGCCGACAAAGAUGACGAUGAUGAGAUGGCGGAAGAUGUGCCGGGUGCAGGCCAGCCCGAAUCCAUCGAGGUCGAUGCGGCGUCGCCCCCUCCGCCAACUGCCAGACCAAUAUCGAUCUCGCCAGCUGCCCCAUCACUCCGAAAGUGCAAGGCGGUCAUCACAGAGUCGAGUGAGGAGAGUGAGAACGAGGAGGCGGCUCCGAAGGUGAAGCGGAUGAAGCCGAUCAAGGUCGCAAAGGAGAAAGGCGAGGCCCCGACCACCUCUGGCCGAGCGCAGCGUGCACAGAAGAGGAUGGCGCAGACCGAGGUGGAGGGCUCGAAGGUGAGCACGAAGAAGAGCGGGAAGAGGAAGGCGAAGGAGUCAAGCGAUGAAGAGGAAGUACCGAUCGUCAAGCCGCCAAAGAAGAAGCGUGCGAUGAAGGAAUACAAGAGCAAGGAGUUCAUCGAAAGCGAAGACGAGACUCCGGCACCGCCUUCCAAUCUACCCGCCAAGACUGCAGGGGACUCUAACGAUGGUGUUGCAAAGACGAACGCCCCUGCCAAACCUGUCAAACAGACAACGAGGAUGACGGCGAUGCCUCAUGUCGCACUGAAGGUGAAGGUGAAGGGGAAGGCAAAGGCGACGGCGAAGGGGAAGGCGACGGCGAAGGGGAAGGCGAAGGUGAUGGUGUCGCAGAAGGACAUGUGGAAAAAGACGUCCACCCGCGUGUCUGACUUCAUGUGGGCACACGCAACAGAUUCGCUCGUCCCUUGCAUUGGCUGCCAGGAGAAAGAGUGGCCAUGCAAGCUCAACACCGCCAACUUCGGUCGCUGCCUCGAAUGUGCAGCAUGA